ACCACGCUUCCGCUGCGCCACUCUGAUUGUUGUUUGAUGGUUGGCCAAAUUUGUUAGAUAUAGUUUUUUCAUUUAGAGAAACAAACCCUGUUACUCUUAAAACUUAAAUUUCCGAAUGUAGUAAUGUGGAUUCUGGAAAAAGGUGAGCGUUGCGUUUCUCUCUCUCGACACUUCGGGACGUCUUACUUAGCCCCGUCGAACCAACCAUGCUCCUCCUCCUCCUCCUCUCAAUUACAAAGUUAAACUAAGUUUCUCACAAAUUUAAACCACUCUCUCUCUCUCUCUCUGAGCAACGUAUCAUACAGAAAACCCUAGAAAGCCAUCGUCAAUGGCGGUCUCCGAGGAGGAGUGUUCCUCCGCCAACUCCAGAUCAUCCUCGUCCUCCACCUCCAGCACCUCUCACUACCUCUCCAAGUGCCUCCUCCGUGGCACUGUCGUUCUCCACGUCCUCAACGGUCACAUCCGCUUCCCCAACUCCCGCGACAUCGUUUUCGGCAAGGAGAAAUCAAUAGAGUUGGUGAUAAUCGGUGAAGAUGGGAUCGUACAGUCUGUGUGUGAGCAGCCUGUGUUUGGCACCAUUAAAGACAUUGCCGUCCUACCUUGGAAUGACGGAUUCCGAACCCGAAACCGCCAGAUGCCGGGCAAGGAUCUUUUGGUCGUUGUUUCGGAUUCUGGGAAGCUCUCGGUUCUCUCUUUUUGCAACGAAAUGCACAGGUUUUUUCCUGUGACACAAGUUCAACUUUCUAAUCCUGGAAACUCGAGGAAUCAGCUUGCAAGAAUGCUGGCCAUUGAUUCAAGACUCUUCGCACAAGCUCUGUAUGUUGUUUGUGAAACAUAAAUGUAUUUUAAUAUGAUUUUAAAAAAUAAAAAUAUAUGUAUAUAUAUAUUUUUUGUAUUUUUCUUCGGGGCUGAUAAAAAGGAGAGGGAGAGAAAAUUGGUAGCAAAGAGUUGGGGUUGGGAAAAUAGAACCUAUCUCAAAAAGAAAAGAAAAAACACCAAAAUAAAAAAGGUAGCAACUAGUAGAAAUAAAUUCUAAAGUAGCAAAUUGACAUCAUGGCAAAAGCUAGGGGAGAAAAUUGGCAAUUAAGCCAUGAAAAAAUAUCUAUUUUUCUAACAAGAAACAAGAGAAAACAAUAAGAAAAGAAAUAAAGAAAAGAUCUGAAACUCGUAAACAGAACCAUUCAAUAAAAUUCCGGAAUCUGAUACGCGGGCCACAGUCUCUGUACUCCCAAUCACAUUUUAUGACUGAAUUUUCUUUUUAUUUUUUUCAUAUUUAAAAAGAAGAUGCAAAAUAAAUAAGUAGAGAAUGUUCCUUUUAUACCGAAGUCAGAUAUCAUCUGUCGCUUCUUGCUCUGUUUCUCCGAGAGAACAAACACCAAGACAAGAAACAUGCAAUUUUCGUGAAAACCCUAACUGGGAAGGCCAUCACUCUCGAGGUUGAGAUCAGCGAUACUAUCGAUAAUGUCAAA